AUGUUAGGGGAUAUUCCUCGUUUACUUGACCUUAUAUGGUCAUGGAUAUCUCCAUCAGGAGGCGAUGAAGAUAUCUUCAGGCCUCAUGGGGACCCACAGAUGAUCCGUUUUGGGGCACAUUUAGUUCUUGUGCUUCGUCAUUUACUAGCUGAUGAAAUGAAACAUGCUUUCAAGGAGAAGACAAUGACUCUUGGUGAUCUUAUUCUUCACAUGUAUGCUGUGUUUCUUUUUUCAAAACAACAAGAAGAGUUGGUCGGAAUCCAUGCAUCUCAGCUUGCACGCCAUCGUUGGAGUUACGCUUGA